AUGGCAACCCAACCCAAGUUUGUCAACUCGUUCUGGACGCGCGACUUCACGUCCACGGAGGGCUUCGACGUGUUGCACCAGCGCAUGAAAGACUCAAAGGCAUUCACAGAUGACGUGAACAAGUUCCUCAGAGAGCGGGCGGCAAUCGAGGAGACAUAUGCGCGCAACCUGAUCAAGCUCGCCAAGAACGCGGCAGGCGGCUCCGAGACCGGCUCCCUCCGUACGACCUGGGACAAAGUCAAAGAAGAGACAACGGCAAUGGGCAUGGAGCAUCAAAACUUGGCGGCACAGAUCCUGUCUCAAGUGGAAAAGCCCAUCAAGGACCUGCGCGAGGCGCAACGGCUGCUGCGGAAGAAACUUGAGGAGACGCUGAAGAAGGCGCAGAAGGACAAGGCGAAGCGGUUCAACGACAACGAAAAGGCGAAGAAGCUGUACGAGUCCAAGUGCCGGGAGGCGGAGAGGGCGGAGGAGGAGGCGAACAAGAGCGCGGCCCUGCCCCAGAAGGAAAUUGACAAGCUCAAGGCAAAGGCCCGCAAGGCAAAGGCUGCCGCGGCGAAUGCAGACACGGCGUACCACGAGGCAGAGACCUGCUGCAACUACUUCCAGGAGAUGGAGGAGGAGCGAAUUGACCUCACCCGGCGAAAGCUCUGGAUCCUCACCAACCUCGUCGCCAGCACAUGCGUCGCCGAUGACGAUCGUCUGGAGGCGAUGCGCCAGAGUCUUGAGCGCUGCGACGUCAGCGGUGAUAUCCAACACUUCAUCUCAAACCACCGCGUCGGCACAGACCGCCCAGAGACGUAUGUGACUGUGCUGUACGACUACAAAGCACAGGGCGAACUGGAGCUCUCCCUCAAGGCCGGCGAGAAGCUCAAGCUGAUUGAGAAGGAAAACGACACGUGGUGGCGCGGUGAGAAGAACGGAAAGGAAGGCGUGUUCCCAGCCCAGUUUGUCAAGCUUGGCUAACUCUUCAACACGAAGCGCCACAACUGCAACCCCCAAUAUCUUUCCUGCACGUCAAAUGACAGCCCUCCAUGAUCACCUGAAUGUGUGUAUAUGUGGGUCUGUCUGUCUGUCUGUCUGUCUGUGUGCCUGUCUGUCUGUGUGCCUGUGUCUGUCCGUCUGUGUCUCUGCGUGUGCAUGUUUGUCUACAUCUGUGCACGGUUUGUGGUGGCAUCCUUUGCGUGGUAUCAUACCGGCCACCCUCUUGCCCCUCUUGCCCCUCUUGCCCCUGGCACGUUAUGUCUGUUGUUGUUGUGGUUGACGCCUCCUUGUUGUCUCUUCCUUAUUGUGUGCUUUCGUGCCGACUUGUCGCCCCGUGUCAAGUAAAGAGAAUGCUGCC